AGCACCUUUUAAGGUUUCACCGUUUUCAAUGAGUUCAUCAACAAGCUUUUCUCAAGAACCACCUCUGUCAACCUCAAUUCUCAAUCUUCAACCGCCCUUGCUUUCUCAACUUCCAUUGUGCAACAGCUCAACUUCAACUAAACAAUUCUCAUUCAUAUUUCAUAUAAUGUGAACAUCAUCUAAUUCAAUGCUCAAAUAACCAACUUCAUGCAUACUUAGACAUAGAUCAUACUUGAUUAGACCAUUCCGAUUGCGGAUAUCCUAUCACCACCAUGUCGGUCUCUCCAAUAUCGGAUCAAUCAAAGCAUGACGCCCAUGUCGUCUCCGGGCAUCUGCCGUCUGGAUACUCCGCCGAAUUUGAUGGGGCACCCGGUAGUUCUGGUGCUCCAUCGGUCUCCGGUCAAGAUGUAGGCGACCAGGAUCUAGGCGAAUCCUCGCUGAAACUCCAGGGAGGUGAUAUGCACCGAGAUCUCUUCAAGACUGCUGCACGUGUCAAGAUGCACAAGCGAGCCGCAACAUUUCACCACCCCCAAGAUUUAAUAGGCGACAACGAAUCAGACCACUUGACGGUUAGUGAUCAAUUGGCCCCGGGCGGAUUUCGUAGAGCUUUCAUACGGCAACGGCAACGGCCCGAGAUCUGGGCUGCUAGGAUCCCCGUUACUCGGAAUUUCGUCGAGUUCCUCGAAUUAUACGGGAACUUCGCCGGAGAAGACCUUGCCGAUUCCGAUGACGAGGCAGUGACAUCUGACGAGGGCGAGGAGGGAGAAGAAGAACGAUCACCUGAGACGAGGCCACUUCUUGGGCGUCGUAAGUCUUCGCGGUCUGCGCGCGUAGCUAAGACCAGUACCAAGAAAACGUUCUUUACCUUAUUGAAGGCCUUCAUUGGAACUGGUAUUAUGUUUCUUCCUAAGGCUUUCAAGAAUGGCGGCAUAUUAUUCUCCUCUAUGACUAUGCUGGUAAUAUCUACAGUCACCAUGCUGGCCUUUCACCUACUUCUUGCCUGCAAGGCACGGUAUAGCGGCGGUUAUGGAGAAAUUGGCCAAGCGAUAGCAGGCGACGGAAUGCGCAAGGUCAUUCUAGUAUCCAUUACAAUGUCGCAGCUGGGAUUCGUCUGCGCCGGCAUAGUCUUCGUCGCCGAAAAUAUGACAUCAUUUCUCCAGGCUGUCGGACAUGGCAACAGUCCAUUAUCACCCACGACCCUCAUUCUCAUACAACUCAUCGUUCUAAUACCUCUAGCCUUCAUCAGGAAUAUAGCUAAACUUAGUCCCGUGGCGCUACUCGCUGAUGUUUGCAUCCUUAUUGGUGUCGGCUACAUCUACUAUUAUGACAUCGCUCACCUCGCCUCCGACGGCAUUCACGAAAGUGUCGUUCUCUUCAAUCCAGCAAAGUAUACAUUGACCGUCGGUUCAGCUAUUUUCACUUUCGAGGGUAUAGGACUUAUUCUCCCGAUCCAAUCUUCUAUGACGAAACCCGAACGAUUUGAGUGGCUUCUUGGUCUUGUCAUGUUCAUCAUCACAGUCCUGUUUACUGCUGUGGGUGCCCUCUGCUACGCUACGUUUGGCGUCAACACACAGAUCGAAAUCAUCAACAACUUUCCCCAAGAUAACAAGUUCGUCAACUCGGUUCAGUUCCUCUACUCACUCGCCGUUCUCGUCGGAACUCCCGUCCAGCUUUUCCCCGCCUUACGUAUCCUAGAAGGUAGGAUCUUCGGUUCACAUUCGGGAAAGAAAAGCACCCGAACGAAGUGGAUCAAGAAUGCAUUCAGAACAUUGGUAGUCAUUGUGUGCGGUCUAAUUUCAAUAGUUGGCGCUUCGAAUCUCGACAGAUUCGUCGCGUUAAUCGGGUCCGUCGCCUGCGUACCUCUGGUCUACAUCUACCCAGCAUUUUUGCAUUACAAGGGUGUCGCGGCUUCGUGGCAAGCUAAAGCCGGAGAUAUUUUGUUUAUGGUAGUUGGAACAGCCGCCAUGGUCUACACCACAGCUAUCACUAUCGCCAACAGCUUCAUGCAUUAAGCGCUUGUUUCUCAAUACAUCCCGUCGGAAGGGUACGGGUAGAAGCGAUCAUAAAGAAAAUUGCAUUUUGGAAAAUGGAUAUUCAUUCGACUGGGAUUGGAGUUAUUAACUUAUUUAGCAGAGAACCGAUUCCUGCAUCACGAUCGUUCAUGAUAUUGUAUCAGCAUCUGGGACAUGGGAACAUAAAUGGCGUUGAGCGUUGACUGCAGAUUGGGGAUUCCGAAAUACCACCGGUUAAAUUCUCUGUAUUUACUGACUACAUUUCCAUUACCUCCGAUGCUUCACCCCAGUAGGAAAUAAAC